CGUGUUCAAAGUAUUUCCCACCCGCGGGUCGCUGAACUGCAGGCCUUUCACUGAACCCCACAGCCUUCUUUCUGUGCUGCUUCUCAGGGCUGUAACGUUAGUCCACUCCGUAUAGGAGAGUGCGUUGGCUAUGGCGACACGUAUCCGGCCGAGCAGCAAGCGGUGCGCUGUUAUAGGAGGCUCUGGCUUUUUGGGUCGACACCUUGUUGAGAGGUUGGUGGACAAAGGCUACUCGGUUGCUGUGUUUGACAUCAGACAGAGCUACGAGCUUCCAGGAGUCACAUUUCACCAAGGAGAUCUCUGUGAUAAACAGGCUUUACUCACAGCUCUGAAGGAUGUGUCCCUUGUGUUUCACUGUGCCUCUCCUGCCCCUUUCAGUGAUGACCGAGCUCUAUUUCAGAGGGUCAACGUCGAGGGCACGCGUACAGUCAUCCAGGCCUGCCAAGAGGCUGGAGUGCAGAAACUCGUCCUCACCAGUAGUGCCAGUGUAGUAUUUGAAGGAACGGACAUAAAGAACGGAAAGGAGGAUUUGCCUUAUGCGAAAAAGCCCAUUGAUUAUUAUACAGAGACCAAAAUCCAACAGGAGAAGCUUGUCUUAGAGGCCUCCAGUAAAGAAAAAGGUUUCUUCACUGUAGCGAUCCGUCCUCAUGGCAUCUUUGGCCCUCGAGACCCCCAGCUUGUACCCAUUCUUGUUGAUUCAGCCCGGCAAGGCAAGAUGAAGUUCAUCAUUGGAGAUGGAUCAAACUUGGUGGACUUCACUUUUGUGGAGAAUGUAGUUCAUGGUCACAUCCUAGCUGCAGAGCACCUGAAGCCAGACUCCCCACUUUGUGGAAAGGCUUACCACAUAACCAACGACGAGCCAAUCCGCUUUUGGGACUUCAUGUCUCAAGUGCUGGUGGGUCUGGGCUACGAUGCCCCUCGCUACCACCUGCCCUACAUGCUGGUCUAUGGAAUAGCCCUGCUGCUCUGGCUGCUAACCGUGCUGCUCCGCCCCCUGAUGACCAUAAAGCCCACCUUCACCCCCAUGCGUGUGGCCCUGGCCGGAACCUACCACUACUAUAGCUGUGCACGGGCCAAGCAGGACAUGGGCUACAAACCACUGGUGAGCUUGCAGGAGGCUAUAACACGGACCGUGGCCAGCUACCCACAUCUGCGGAAAGGAAGCUAGUGUCUUAUCAAGUCCAUUUUAAUUGCAUUGGGUCUGUUUUCGGAGUAGGAACACUGAUCAUGCUUAUUUAGGCCAAUCCUGAUCUCAGGGACUGAUAAGCAGUGCUUUUGUUCAUAAUGCUGGCUGCAGAGUCAGUUUACGGUCAUUUAUAAUCUCUGGGCUGGUAUUCAUGAAGCGUAAUGCAGACGAAUGCUCAUCUGCAGUCAAAUUCUUGCCUGUGUAUACACAGCUUUUGUAUUCCGAGAUGCUUUGUGAAUCUCAGCCCUGCUGCAGUUAUGAAACUGCUGUUUGAGCCUUUUGACAAAUGUCCUGGAUUACCCAUGUUUGCUGUAGAGGCCUGUAUAUUAACAAAGCACUUUUUCAUACCUGCCCCAAUAUUACACUCUUUUUGACUUUGGUCUAUAUGAAUAGUCUUUAAGUGUUAUAUUCAGCUGGUCAGGCCUGUUUUUUUAUGUAUCUUGGAAUGAUGAUUUCAUUGAAUGGCUCUAAGAACACUUUAUCUCAUAUAUAUCGCUGCUGUUGGAACAAAACCUCAUAUCUCCAUAAUGAAGACCUUCUUGACUUUUAAUGUAAGUCAGUGGAACCAAACUUUUUUCCAAGUCAUUUUGGGACAUUUGUUUGAUCUAUUCAUCAUGAAAUGUACACACAAUGUAAAGGGCAAGGCUUUUUUAAAUUGUCAAAAACUGAAAAAUGACAAAAAUGGAGAUGCGAGGUUUUGUUCUGACAGCAGGAAUAUGUAUAAUUUAUAUAAUCAGUUCACUUUUUCCUGUAUAUUUCUCAAUAAAUACAUUGUUAAAUUCCA